AUGGUCAAUUGGAGCAUUAGAUACAAGAAUGACAACUCGUCACUAUGGGCUCGGUUAAUUACGGCACUACACUGUGGGGUUAGAUGCAAGUCCAGUAUUCCGGUGAAGUGCUCAAUCGGUGGGGUCUGGAAAUCUAUUGUUAAUAUGGGCAGAGCUACACAAAAUCCCACCAUUGAUAUUAACGCUAAAAUGUCACCAAGAAUGGGGGUAGGGGACAAAACGUUAUUUUGGCUGGAUAAUUGGAUGGGUAACGGACCUCUACGUGACCGUUUCCCCAACCUCUACGCGGUGGAGUCCGAGAAAAGAUGCACAGUUCAACAACGGUAUAGCAUAAUCGAUGGGAAUGUGGAGUGGUUCUGGGGCAGUUUGAACAUCCUGACCCAAUCCGAACAACUGGCUGAACGGGCUUCCUGCACUACUCUUCUCUAUAAUAUCGAGCUCGGGUCAGGACCAGAUCUCUGGUUAUGGAAAACAGGUUCUUCAAGGGAGAUAUUCACUGUGCAACUUUUACGGGCAGAGUUGGAUCACAUUAAUAUCAUACCGGAAACAAAGGUGCUCAACUGGCUACACUGGAUUCCGAAAAAAGUUAACUGUUUCUUAUGGCGAGUCGUACUGGACCGAAUUCCGACCAAAGAAGCAUUGAUGGCUAGAAGAAUCUCCCUCCCCUCAGCCUCUUGCAUCUUUUGCAACGACGUUAUAGAAACCGUAGACCACCUUCUUGUUACCUGUGACUUCGCCCAGCAGGUUUGGACUUUGAUCCUUCAAUGGAUCAACAUUCAUCUACCGCGUUUCACCUUGAGUGUCAUACAACUGUCCGAACAAAUUUUAUCCCACAAGACACACAAGGCCUUGAAAAGAGCAAUAUGGGCGGUUGUGGCUGCAACAUGCUGGAAUAUAUGGCGAACAAGAAACGACUUCAUCUUCAAGCACAAAUCUCCUCAGCUGACUAAAUUGAUUGGCGACAUCAAGGCGCACUCUUUCCUGUGGGUGCAAUCUCGAGCUAGUCUUCCUGAUAUAACCUGGGAAAAGUGGAGGGGUUUCAAGUUUAUGGAUUUCCCCCUUUAG